GGAAGCGAGACGUUCGAAUAGGUAGUAGGAGGACAAACGGUUCAGUAGAGAGUCGGACGUCCGCCGUGGUACGUCGUUCUGCUUUGUUUCUCGCGUUUCUUUCUCUCUCUCUCUCUCUUUCUCUCUACGCACACAUACAUUCUCUCUCUCUCUUUCUCUCUCUUUCUCUCUUUUUCUCUCUUUCUUUUUCUCUCAUUUCUUAUUAAUUUUCGAUUACGUGAAAAUCAUUUCCUAUUCUCUCGCACACGUACGAACAUUAUUCGUUAUUACUCGUCAAGAAGAAAAGGAUCAAAUUUUUGGACCAAUAUUUGCGUGCUUAUAUAUGCGUAUGCGUAUUCUGCGUGCAUGUGUGUGUCGUGUCGUUCGAGAAUGUGAAAAAGAAAGAACAAAAAUCGAGUUCGUUAUUCUUCGAUUCGUGGAAUGUGAACGAGAAGAAGUGACAUUAUUAUUUUGCCAGGGAUGAAGAGGAAGAGGCUUAGGAAAGAAAGAAAGAAAGAAAUACAAGUAGAAGAGAACAAUAAGUGAAAUAUUUAGGAAAGUAAAUCGAUCGAAACAUUUUAACGUCGUAUUUAACGUUAUUUAACGUCGUAGGAAAUCAAAUUGCGUCGUUUAGAAUAGUUGGCUUAAUGAAUCUUGUUCGGUUACACGCGAUAAAUAAAUAAAUGUGUGUAAACGAUCGAUCGAUGACAUUCCCAGAGGUCAAUGGCCCUUUGCGAAGAAGAUGAAGGACGAUAGGUGAAUUAGUCGAUAAGCUAUUAUAUUUCUUAUACUCUGCGAUACGAAACAAUAAUUAAAUGUGUAAAUAUUUCUUUACACGUACGUAAAGUAGUAACACAGACGACAUUGUAACGCGUACGAGAGAUACACAGUUUGUGCGUGAUCAAGGUGUCGUGUGAAUUUUUGAUCGACUGUAUACUUGUAUGUACGUUGUACGUAUAUACGUAGUUUUCCGUGUGUCGCGUCGCGUCGUAGUAUAUAUCUCUUUCUCUUCUUCAUUUCUUUUCUCGUUAACACACAGACAAAAUCGUUCGGUCUUUUAAGAUGCAGGAUGCACACGAGCGAGAAUGGCGUAAGGCACAGCAUUUAAAAUCGUUGUAUCUCAUGGAAAAGGAAAGGAAAGGAAGAAUUUAAAAUUUAUUUAUACAUUUGUCGCUCGUUAGAAUUUUUAUUUUAUUUUGUUCCGUUUCUUUCUUUCUGUCAUCUAUUUAUUUUGUUUUAUUUUAUUUUAUUUCUUUUUCUUCAAUUUUUCUUCGCGUUCGUUCAUAUCCAACGUUUAUUUACAUCCCUCGUUCUCUUCGUUCGCUUGUGAUUUUUUUUGUCCAGCUUAUGACUCGUAUUUAACGAUCGUACACUACGCGUACGUUACCAUUUUAUUCUUAUUCUUAUUACUAUUAUCAUUAUUGCCGUUAUUAUUAUUAUUAUUAUGAUUAUGAUUAUGUCGCGAGAAAAUUCGUUAAUUGAAUCGUAAGUUAAUGGUAUUCACGUAUAAAUGGAUUGUAAGUUGCGAUUAAUAAAUCCUCUUUGCUUAGAGAAUAUUACAAAACGUUUUAAGCUCGAAUCAUAAAAGGAAGAAAAAGAAAUACACACACGUAGGUACGCAAGCGCGUAUAUCAUACACGUAUUUUCGCACACGUACACGAGCGAACAAGAAAAACACGACGAUCAUAAACGUACGAACACAAGAUUAAUUAAAUCUUGCCAGUGUAAAUGCGUAGAUCGUGCUAACGUGAUCCACGAUCCGCGACGCUUACGUAACCAAGACGAAGCUCGUUUCAUCCGGAAGUAGGAGGACCACUUGGAGCGUGAACUCGGAAACGAUCGAUUUUCUUCUCCUAACUUUACUUUUCCAAUUGGACAACAAACGAAACAUUCGAUCGUAAAUGUGAUCUUUCGAAAACGAAAAAAAAAAGGAAAAGAAAAGAUUCGAAGAAAAGAAAGAGAAAAAGAAGAAGAAGAAGAAAGAAGAAAAAAAAGUUUUAGACGAAGAUUUAGUUUGGUCCGAUCGAAUUCUGAUACGAUCGAUCGAUCGAUCGAUUGAUUAAUAUCUUAUUUUUUUCCUGUUCUUUCUCGAUGUUAUUACGAAAAAGGAAAUCCACGAAGCAAGAAGUCCGGAUAUGUGCGAACUGAUGGCGGCUACCCGGUGACCGAGAAACGCGAUUGCAACGCGUGCAACGAACGAAUCGAGAAAACGCUUGAAGAAAUAAAGAGAGAGAGGGAUAGAUAGAUGGAUAGAUGGAUGGAUGGAUAGAUAGAUAGAUACAUAGAUAAAUAGAUAUAUAUAGCUAGAUAGAUAGAUAGGGAUAGUUGUAGAGAUAGAGAGAAGAGAGAAGAGAGAGAGAGAAAGGGAAAAAAGAAGGAAAAAAAAGGUGGGCGAACGAUAAGAGGAACAACGUGUGAAAAAUGGCUUUAAUAACUCCAAGAAACAGCUCUCCAGUUGUACGCGACAAGGAGAAUAUUCCGGCCUACGACAUAAAGCUUGAACGAGUGUUGGGUGUAACCGUAUCAAGCAAUGCAGCUCUGGAUUGCGACGCUACGAGCGAGUUGGUCGCCUAUCCUGCCGGGUGUACCGUCGUACUCUUCAAUCCUCGAAGGAAUACGCAAGCGCACGUGCUCAAUGCUUGCCGGAAGACCGUGACUUCUUUGGCUCUUGCUGGAGACGGAAGACUUUUGGCUACUGGCGAAUGCGGACACAUGCCGAAUGUUCGGGUCUGGGAUAUAUCCGAUCCACACAAUGCGGUACAAAUUGCCGAAUUUUCCGGGCACAAGUAUGGCAUCAAUUGUGUGGCUUUCUCGCCGAGCAAUAAGUACGUGGUUUCGGUCGGUUCUCAACACGACAUGAUAGUAAACGUUUGGGAUUGGAAAAAUAACGUCAAGGUUGCGUCUAACAAAGUCUCGAGCAAAGUCAAGGCAGUAUGUUUCGCUGAAAAUGGUAAUUAUUUCGUCACCGUAGGCAACCGACACGUGAAGUUUUGGUACCUGGAAUAUUCGCGUAGUGCCAAGUACAAGGAACCCGUGCCUUUGAUGGGCCGAUCAGCUAUAUUAGGUGUACAACGAAACAACGAUUUCGUCGAUGUGGCCUGCGGCAGAGGAGAAAUGGCGGAUUCGACGUACGCCAUCACAAAAACCGGUCUCCUAUGCGAAUUCAAUAAUCGAAGGCUCUUGGACAAGUGGGUCGAGCUUCGGACGAGCAGCGCGAAUUGUAUGGCGGUUGGCGAUAAAUAUAUUUUUAUUGGUUGUGCCGAGGGUAUCGUUAGGUGUUUCAGUCCCAAUACGCUGCAGUUUAUUACGACUUUACCCAGAACACAUUAUUUAGGAGUUGACGUAGCCCAGGGAUUAUCCAUAAGUCAUAUGUCUCAGCACCCAGCUAACGCAAGGUAUCCAGAUGCUAUAGCGUUAGCUUUCGAUGAACGUAACAAUAAAUUAACGUGCGUCUACAACGAUCAUAGUAUUUAUGUGUGGGACGUAAGGGACAUAAGGAGGGUCGGUAAAUCGCAUUCUUUUCUCUAUCAUUCCGCAUGCAUAUGGGGUGUUGAGAUGUAUCCAACAGGAACGGACUCCAUUGGAUCUAUGCCGGCCGGUAGUUUUAUCACUUGUUCCAGCGACGACACCAUUCGUGUUUGGAAUCUCGAGAAAGAUGUAUUCUCGAACGAUACAUUGUACAAAAGGAACAUAUAUAGUAGCGAAUUAUUAAAAGUCCUUUACGUGGAUCCAGAAUUAACGUAUCUUAAGGAUUUGGAUUUAGCUGCCGCUGGAUCGACCGAAAAGAGCGAUGCUUCUUACGACGGUCGUAAUGGCGUAAGAUCGAUAAGGGUCAGUCCUGAUGGGAAACAUCUUGCGUCUGGCGAUAGAUCAGGAAAUAUACGUAUCCAUGACGUUUCCACCCUGGAAGAAUUGUGUUUAAUAGAGGCUCACGACGCGGAAGUACUUUGUCUCGAGUAUUCAAGGUUUUCGCAAUAUUCCGUAGAAACACCAAGACUUUUGGCAAGUGCUUCGAGGGACCGACUAAUUCACGUAUUCAGUGUCGAUCAGGAUUAUAAUUUUUCACAAACCUUGGACGAUCAUAGCUCCUCGAUUACCGCCGUGAGAUUUUUUAAUCAAACUAAUCAAAGUAAUCAGUUACAAAUGGUGUCUUGCGGAGCCGACAAGAGUAUCAUCUUUAGACAAUUACAAUCCACACCAGGCGGAAUGCCACAAUUUGCCAGAGGUCAUAACGCUCAGGGAAAGACAACGUUAUAUGAUAUGGAAGUGGAUUCUGGACAAAAACAUGUUUUAACUGCCUGCCAAGAUAGAAAUAUUAGGGUUUAUAAUGUAACUACCGGGAAGCACAGUAAAACGUUCAAAGGAUCCGUCGGCGAAGAUGGAUCCCUCAUUAAAGUCGUCUUAGAUUCGUCAGGAAUUUACGUAGCUACCUCAUGUACAGACAAGACGUUAUGUGUUUACGAUUAUUAUAGUGGUGAAUGUAUGGCAACCAUGCUAGGUCAUUCAGAAUUGGUGACGGGACUACGUUUUAGCUCGGACUGUCGUCACCUCGUUUCUGCGAGUGGUGAUGGUUGCAUAUUUGUUUGGCGUGUGCCUCACGAUAUGGUCGUGACGAUGCAAGCGCGACUCGCUCAACAGGCAAUGCGUGCUGGAAAAAGGCCACCACAGGUCAAUGGCAGUGGAAUUGAAAUACAGUUAGAUAAUGAAACGUUUGGAUCACCACCACCAGAAUUUCUCGAUCCAAACGCAAAUCCUACUCCCCAAAAUGUUGGUGUAGAUUAUAGAUUCAGCGUUGGGCAAUUGCCUCUUUGGGCGAAGAAACAAAUUAAUACGACGACCGUCGAAGAAACAACGACGGUUGGAUCGACCGUUCGACCACUUAGCGUAGAUUUACCGAAAGGAAGAUGGGCUCAAAGGGUACAACAAGGAGAUGGUAUUACCGUCAAAUCCGUUUAUGAUAGCGACGAAGUCAUACCCUUUCCUCCUCCUCGUGGAAGCGUUGAUUCUGAUGGAGGUGGGGGAGGUGGUGGUUCCAAGGACAGUUCUAUCGAUAGCGGUACCGAAACCAAAUGCAGUAGCGAUUAUCGUCGUGAUACUAUCAUUCUCAAAAGGGAAGAAGAAGAGAAUGUAUUCCAACCAUGUCCAGAUAGUUACAGAGAACUAACAAAUGAAACAAAACAGGUGAUCGGUGGUAACGUGACGAUUACUAGAGGUAACAAUAUCACGGAAGUGACACGUCAAUCAAGAAGUCGUCAUCACACUGAUGAUAGCAGUCUUGGGAGUUUUAAAUUUGAGGAUCAUGAAAGUACGGAACAUGAUGGUGACGUAGAAGAUUAUUCCGAGGGAGAAAAUGGUACGACUGGUUCAGAGAAAUCUCAUCACAGAUUAAUGUAUUAUCCGCCACAAGAGGAUACUGUAUCGAAUCAGUUUACAGUAAACGCUAUGGACGUUGAAGAACUUCGAAGAUCUCAAAGGCGGCAGAAAAAGCCGAGAAAUACAGAAAGUGGACGAACAAGCGAAUUAACUGCAUCCGGUAGCCAAGAUGAUUCCGAUUCGGAAGGUGGAGCAUCAACGCCAAGUGCCGAAAGAAAUCCUUUGUCAAUGUUAUCAGAAGCAAGCUCGGAGGGUUUCGAUCAAAUAACGAAACAAAGUCAUCGCGAGAAAUAUUUAAAAAAUGCAUUCGAGUCGCUUAGCGGUGCCGAAGAACCUACAAAUCGUGUAAAAACGACCAGUAUUAGUUCUCAGUUUCAUGGAAGGGUAAAUAAUGGUACAGAAAAUAAUAAUAGCAACAAAGUACGUAACGCAGCGGUAGUAAAUGCAACGAAACAUGCAAGAGGUGACGCGGAUAUUGUUAAAAAACGAGAGGAAUUACAAAGAAGAAUAGAAGAGACCAGAAGAAAGCUGCAAAGUGUCGGGUACAGGUCAUCUUUGAAAAGCAGCCAGAGCAUUUCUGAUUUAAGCAGCCAUAUACCAGAGAAACAUCAUCGUUCAAGUAGACUUAACACAGGUAACAAAUUGGGUGAACAAAACAAAUUUUCAAAGCCAAUUAAUCCUUGCAAACCUAUGCCAAAUCCAAAACCCGCGUUUAAACCGCAACAACUCAUUAACAAAGUCCAAGGUGUGGGGAAUGCUUUAUCUAAAUCAGAUACGUCAAACGAACAGAGCAGCUUAAACGAUAAUAAUAAAACAACAUCGUGUGUAAGUGAAAAGACAAUACCAUCUCUUAACCGUCCACUAACACUUACGUUAAAGAAAACUGAAAAGUAUAAGCUGUCAUUGAAUAAGGCCAAUCAAUCAUUACCCGAAUCUCCUGUAUGCGAGGAAUUAAAACUGUUGAAAGAACAUUGUAAGAAAAACGUUAGCCGUUUCGCAAGAUUCGCACAAAAGAGAAGAUCCUGUAGUUAUUUUAUCGGUCUCGACGAUAACGAUGAGGAAAUGGAAAAUCUGGCAAAAUCGUUUGAGAGCUUGCCCGCCAUGAACGAACGUAAUAUCGAGAAUUUGAAGCAAACGAUUGACGACGGUGACGAUGGUAAUGGAAAUUUCAGUGAUGAUUCAUUAGAAGGCGAUUUCAAAAAUCCACCGCGACGUUGCGUUAGUGAUUAUCAAAUCAACAUACAUAUGGAUAGUAGUCAUAUAGAGAAUAAAGGUUAUCCGAAUUAUCAGACUUAUCAAAGGAGAAUUUUAACUGGUUCUCAAGAAAGUAUAUUGUCGGAUGGUUCGGUCGAAUCAUUUUCGAAAGGUAGCGCCGAAAUAUUGGAUUGCAAUAACUACGAUCACGACAGACACUCCAGUGCAAGUUUUUUCUUAUCGAAACGUAAAACACAAGUUGGAAGAAGUCAGGAGAGCAUAUUAACCGACGAAUCGGAUUAUCAAAUGUUUCCAUUACAGAAGAACGUUGAUCAUAGAAGUACGGAAAGCGUUUUAACGGACGACUCGGAUUCGUUGGUAAAGUCGGCACCGUUAGAAAUGUUAUUUGAUUCUCAUUACAAAAGGAAACGGCAAAACUCUGAAACUUACAGUGGAAAUCCGAACAACGAAAUGGAAACGACGAACAAUACUCAGACAUCGACGGACGAUACCACUUUAUGUAGGACUGUAUUUAGAUCAAAGUCCCUUCAAGAUACAAGAAUGUGUAAAGCUAAAAAUGAUAUUAACUUCAGCGAGGAUAACGCACAACCAGCUGCGUGUAUCUAUUAUGAAUUCAGUUUUGACAAUGAUAACGAGAAAAAUGCUGACAUUAGAAUAAUGGCGAACUCCGAUGCGAUGUCAAGAAGCAACAGUUUAAAGGUACCGAAAGAGCCACAUUCUAUGCUGAUAUUAAACGACUUCGUGGCACAUAAACCACCUAAACCAAAGAGAAAUUCAUCGCGAACCCAAAGUAUGCGUAACAGGGCAAGACCGGCAUGGAAUAAAUAUAACGUGGACUCGUCGUCGCAAUCGACGAUGCAAAAUAUCGAACCCAUUAAUUAUUCUGCGACUUUACCUGCGAACUUAUCUCAUUUAAGUUAUAAAACGAGGAACGACGCAACGGACUCUAAACAAAAUAGAAAGGACGUCGACGCUAAUUCAAAAAGAUUCGAAGAAUUUUUACAAUCCGCCAAAUAUUCGUUGCAAACGACGAACGACGAAGCGAACGAAAGAAAUAUAUUUUUCAAUCAACAGACUCGUUUAUCGGAUAAGAAGGUUAACAUAGCAGGAAUACCGCCGUACGAUCCUGAAAAUACAUUAGAGAGAUACACACGACAAAAUGUUAAUGAAUCUUCUCGUAUAAUGUCCAACGAGGAAGAAGAAGAUGCUAGUCACGAAAGGGACAACAUAUGUUCCUUUGAAAAUCAAAUACCAACGAAGGAUACUAUGGAAACUUAUGACUCUUUAGAACCGAACGUUACAUCCUCAUCCGAUUUACAUGGAACCCAACUCCAAUCGAAUAAUUCGAAUUUACAAUCUACGAACGCGCGUAUUGAUAAUUUGGAUGCGAGCGUUGACGUUAGAAUCACACGUGCUAUAGAAGGAACCGUUAAGUUAUUAUCCAAAGAGUUUGAGAAUUUAGUUAGAAGGGAGCAAUACUUCAUGAAGGAAAAAUGUUUGCGUUUAACUCAUUGUCCAGAGACAAGCGAAAACUUUGCCAAGCUUGAGGCGGAACGUGAUAGUAGAUAUUGCACCAUCAGACGUGACAUACGUAUUCAUUCUGGUGGAGAGGAUAGCGAUUGCGCUGAUAUAUCGACGAUGGAUAAAUCAUUGAUGGAAAGUGGUUCGUCUACGUCCGCAUCGAGUUGUACGAAUUCACCUAAACGGAUGUGGCCACCUGCUUCGCGAUGUCAGAGUCAUAUGAAGUGGACAAAAACUUUACCCACUAUAAAUCAAGCAACUAUUCCCACGAAACAUCUUUAUGCAGUUGGCAGUAAUGGGGGGCGAAUCUCGUCAAAAGUUAUUGACAGUGAAGAAGAGGGGAGUGGCAUGAGACGUGCCUGUUCAUUAAGUGAUCUUUCUGUCAGCCCAUCAAAUAGAUUACUGCAUGGUCCUGUACAAGUUUCAGGGAAAGUAAAUACUAAAAGUACCAGUGCGUCGUCAAGGGGUAAUUCUGGGAACAUAAAUAUUGGUAAUCAAUCGAGACAUUCAACAACGAAAAAUCAUUCAAAUCACAUGACAAGAAGUAGUAGCGUCGGUGUAUUAAAUCAGAGUGAUUCAGAAUCUGAUGCUGGUGUAUCAGUAGGAGGAAGAGGAUGGAACAAUCAAUCUGGAAAUAAUAGAAUGAGCGGUUUAAUGAGGCCAACGAUUAGUUCGCAAAAUAAGAUCAAUCAUCAGAUCAAAUCGAAUUCCUCAUCCAGUAAUAAUCUUCCUUCUAUUUUGAGGCGACGUGGUAUGCAGGGAGCUUACUCUAGCGUAAAUCUAAGUCAAGUUGGUAAUCAAGAAGAUUCAAGUUCUGAAGAUACUUCAUCUAAUGGAAAUGGUGUCAAACCAGCUCUACCUCCAAGGCCUAGAAGUAUCAGUAUCGAUCAUUCCUCAGCCAGUUUAUGCCUUCCUGGUACUGCCGUUAGAAGAUCUGGAUCGUCCGGUCUUAUAACAAAUGGUCGAGGCAGUGGAAACAUAAUUGGUCAAAGUGGUGCAAGGUUAUCAGUACCAAACAGAAAUCAAUUAGAACCUAGCCCUCAAGAAUUACCUGUUAAAGAUACAGACCGUGCCAUUGAUGUAGCCAGUGCCGAAUUAGGCACGGAUAAAGCAUUAGUGUCAACUCAACUAUGCAAUACAAUUGCGGAUGAGCUUACGCGAACAGCAGAUAACGUUGUACAACUGUACAAACGUUUAACAAUAGACAAUGAGGAUGAUCCAUCAAGAACAACCAUCGAUAGGGAUACAAUGUUACGUGGUCUUGAAUCUUCUGUCAAUGAAACAAUGCGUACAUUACGACUAGUUGUGGCAGGCGUUGAAAAUCAUAACGAUGAAACUAGUAAUAAUGUUGCUCCGAACGAAGUAACCGCGAAGUUUCAAGAAUUACUUGCAGGCCAAGAUCAAGGCAAGGUAGUGAACAUGAUGCAACAGUACUCGGAAUUAUUAUUAAAUAUGAUGCAACAAAGGAUGGGAGGAACACAAUCGAGCCAUACAUAAAAGAAGAAAACAAGAAAAUCCGUCCAUCUGAUGAUAAUUGAUUAAUGCAAAUGGAUAUCGUAUUCAUGUUCGAAGCACGUACGUUUGUGAUGAGUGAAUAAGUAUUUUCUCGGCGAUAAUAAUACUAAUACUAAUACUAAUAAUAAUAAUAAUAAUAGUAAUGAUAAUGAUAAUAAUAUUAGAUCACAUUCCUAAGUGCAGGAUAUGAAUAUUUUUCUGGAGGGAAGGAAAAAAGAUAUAAGAAAGGAAAAAGAAAAUGAAAAUAAUAAAUAAAAGAGAGGGACUUCGGUAUUUGAGUUGCCAAGAUCCUAAGUGCAUAUCGUAAGCACGCAUAUGUUCCUUUUCCAUUUGUCAUAGUACAUUGCAUUCUUUGUGAGUACUUUUUGAAUGAAUUUAAUAUAGACUUAGUUCUUAAAAAGCAGAUUGAACUGUCAGCAAUGCAGCCUUGGGACUUGAUAGGAAUUAAAACUGCUGAACAGUGUCGUUAGAAAAAAGAAGAAGAAAAAGAAAAAGAAAAAAAAAAGAAAGAAAAAGGGAAAAAGAACUUCAUAGCACAAAAUAUAUUAUUUUUGACUAAUUCUUAAGCACUAUAAUGGGUCGCAUUUGGAGAUGAGGAAAUCUUCAACGUCGUUCAAUAUAGUACUUGUUAUUGAUCAAGAUAAUUUGAUGAUGAAUAUGCUGAGGAAGCAACGUGUGAAAAUAACCGGAUAAACUCCAAGAAAUAUCAUAUGGUAUAACUUCAGGACAUUUAUUUAUCCUAUUUAUAAAAUCAAAUGUGUCGAAUUUGUGCGUAUUUUAUCUUGAGGCCAUAUGCCGGGAAAUGCCAAUUAACUAAAGACUAUUAGUAUAGUACCCACAAACAUACAUAUAUGUAUAUUUAUCAAAUAUUGAAUGGUAUUAUAACGUAUUAUUAGUAUUCUUGUUAUGUAACCAAAGGGGUUGUCUGUACCUAUGGUAAAAAGGGAAAUUCUUUUCCCCUCCUAAAUGUUUAAAAAGCUUUUAGACAGUCCAUUAAUAAAAAGUAUACAGUAUAUAAA